GAGGAAGGGGUGGGGGCAGCGUGCGGCGUGCAGAGCAAGUGUUUUGCACGAGGCAUUUGAUGCGCGAGCAGUGACAAGAUUUGUUAUUGUUUCUGUUUUCCAUAAGGUCAUCAUCCCUUUGAUCCGCCAGUUUAAUUGUACUCAUUACACUGCAACUACCACAGGAAGCAUGCCAAGUUACAACAAGAAGGAUUCACUGAAUAGUGUUGGUGAUUCUUGGGCCACCAUUUCGAUAAGUGAAGAAUCUGGAGACUUGAGUGAGCCAUCACCACACAAAUUGCUUCAGCCUUCAGAUGACUAUGAUUGCGAUGAUACAAACUUGGAUGAUACCCUCCCAGUUGAUGCUCUGGACGAAAUGGAUACUGUUGACAUGCCACAACUAAAAACCGGGUGUGACUAUUUGUGGCCAACUCCAAUUCCACCAAAGAAUAUCAGAGAAUUUCGGCCAGCUUUUUGCUCAUCUUCAAUUCAUCCAGAUUCAGAGAUAGCAAUCAGAAAAAGUGAAAGCUUUGACUUCCAACCAAAAUUUUGUUCAAGCAAAUUGGAGAAUGACAAAGGCGCUCCGCUUCUGAGAAGACAAUUCAGUCAUGCUAACCCAGAAAAUGAACGUUUUAAAUCACCUGCCCCUAUUAUUCGAGAAAUUGCCAGGUUGAGGCCUGGUCUCAGAUCAAACUCUGACCUAAAGCAAAGCGAAAGUGAAGAAUUUAAACCUCAGCGAUGCUCAACUGCUCUUAGUGAGUCCGAACUGAAACUGAACAAGUGUCUUACUGAUAUGGGAGAAAAUUCCAAUUUGUUUGCUCCAUUGAGAUGCUCUACAGGCAUUAAUGAAUGUUCCAACCCUGAGAAAGCAGGCCUCUUAGCAGAAUUUAUGCCACUUCGUACUUCCACUGGGCUACAUGAAAAUUCAGUAGCAUUUUUACCGCUGCGAUGUUCCACAGGAUUAAAUGAGUCUGCUACCUUUAACCCUCCAAUGUCCUCGACAGCUCAGUACAUAGAAGAUAGCAAUAUUCCUGAAUUCAAAAACUUAAGACUUCUCAGUGGAAGCAAUCCUGUGUUGUAACUCAUGAAAAUCUUUCAUUUUCUCUGACUCAGGUUUACGAUCAAUUUGACUUCAGUGACGAAUUUUGAACAAAAGGAAUCGCAGUUGAAAUGGAAGAUGGUUCUCAGAAUUUUAGCUUGCUGAAGGAAAAGGUAGAUAAAAGUUGCUUUUUAUGGUCCGCGCAAGAUUCCCCAUUCGAAUGAAAUGAGUUCAACGUGUCCUUGCCGCCGAGCUCUUCUUUACCAACUUAAUCGUUCUGAUCUGACCCCCUUUUGUUGUUUAGUAUUGAGAAAGCUAGCACAAACAUGUAAUAAACUGCCUAUUCAAUUUAAAAAAUUGCAA